GCUUAGUCAGAGACGCGUUCCUCCGCAAGCGCUCCAAGGCUUGCCCUGCAUGUGAAGCCAGAUGCGAUCGACGGCAGUAAUUCCGAUCUUAUCACCGGAAUAAGACCUGCAAUUUUUUAUUGUUGCGCGUCGCUAAACAAACUGCCUCUUCGCUGGACUUAAGACCCAUAGUACAUUACUUCCCAAUACAAGAUGGCAGCUAUCGGAUCACUAAUCUUCUGUACGGACUGCGGUAAUCUGCUCGAGCAGAAUGUCGGGAAAAAGACAUCAAUUGAAUGUGAUGUUUGUGGUUCUCAGAACAAAGACACGUCCUCAAAAGUCGUCAUCACUACCUCAAAGCCAAAUGCGUUCCCCUCAACGUUGAGGACAAGGCUAAAGACCGAUCUUCAAGAAGUCGCAGAAGCUGGCGUUCAGACGGACGUUGGCACCAAGGAGACUUGCGGCAAAUGUGGCAGCGACGACGCACGAUAUUACGAAUUACAACUUCGCUCUGCUGAUGAAGGCAGCACAAUUUUCUACACGUGUCAGCAGUGCGGACACAAGUGGAGGAACGACAAUUAAAUGCUCCAAGCCAAUCAAUUUGCUUUAUUCUACAUGGAAAGCUUCGCAUGACAGUGCACUUGCCGACACACCUGACACCUGCCAAUUAAUCAUCGACUAUGCUACAGCUAUUUGAGAAGGGAUCGUGGCAUAUUCGGUCUCGCCGGUUCGCUCGAACUCCGCCAUGUCGAG